AUGGCUGACAAUUACAAACAAGUGAAAUCUGGGCGUUUAAAACUUAAAGGAUUAGACGAUAGCUUACGGAAAAAGAAGCACAAGAAGAAGAAGAGGGAAAGAGAGGAAGAGGAGCCAACAGAUGUUGAUGCGCUCCGUCAUGGAGGUUGGAGAAAAGUGGAAAACUUUCGUGAAGUUAGCGGUAACAUUGCACUGCAAACUUUCCAGACAACCUAUAUCGAGGCACUUAACACUGGAUUGUUCACAGUUGGUGAACUGAGAGAUGAUGGUGAAAAUUCGCCGGCACCUGUUGAAGUGUUUACAGCUGUUCCACUUUCCGAGAAAAAUAUUGCCUUAAAAUCGGGUUAUGGUAAGAAAUGAUUUAACCUUUUUAAUUUUGUAAGCUUACCAGUUACGACAUUACAGCUUAGGGGUACUUGGCUCAUAGGUACUUGUUCUUGUUUAAAUGAUACGAUUUCAGCUCACAAUGCUUUCAGCCAACUUUUACUUUUGUUAAGCUCUACUUGAGACCUUCAACUGUUUAUUUUUCUAUCUUUUUAAACCAAUCUGAGAUUUUUAUUUAUUUGUCUUUUGUUGUCUCAAGUUAAAAAUAUUACGACAUAACAUAUUUAUACAUGUACAUUUAUGCAUGUAACGGUAGCAAAUCACGUGUGAAAUUUAAUUUUGGUUGAAAUUUACAGGUUGUGAGUAUCUGAGCUGGCAACAACGUUUUGCUCUUGAUAGAUUUUCAAUACCUUUGUUAUGGCAAUAAUUAAUUAUUUAACAAUGUUUAUGUUAAUUAAAUAAUUAUUUUCUUCAUCAUUUCAUAACAUUCAUUGUUACAAACAUGCCUACUUGAUUUUUAUGUGCUUAUGUGUACUUCUUUAUUAAGCAUUCAGUGUUGUUUGCUUGUAGACAGGCCUUCUUUUUAGUAUUUAGGGUUAUAUCACCCAUGAUCCACACUAGUUUAAAGUGUAAAAUAGGUUAUGGCCACUCAAGUGGAUAGAUCAGGAAAAAACUUAUCCUUUGUCUUGUGAUGUUGUCACUUCUGAUAUGUAUUAAAAUAAACUCUUAAAGAUACCUAGACAAGUGAUGGAAGAGAAGAAGUAUUUAAAUCUAGAAAUUGAUAAGGUUAAGAAUGAGAUAUUCUCAGGUUUCACCAUCAUUGACAAUCUUUUGUCAUACAGGAAAAUAUAUGUCUGUUGAUAUGAUGGGAAAUGUCACUGGAAGAUCAGAUGCAAUUGGUCCUCAGGAACAGUUUGAGUGUGUCUUUGAAGAAGACAAAGUUGCUUUUGAAACAUAUAAUGGCUGCUAUUUGUCUCUCAAUGAAGAUGGGCAACUCUCUGCAAGUAAAAAAACUGUUGGAGAGAAGGAGACAUUUCAUGUUCGGACCAGUGUUCCAAAAGUGUAAGUGUUACUAUUUCAUAACCCUUUAACUCCUAAGAGCUGAUUCUUGAUUCUCCCCUCUAGCUACAACAUAUUUCCUUGUAAAUUAGUUACAAGAAUUUUAGAUGGAGAUUAACGACUUCUAGCUGAUAAGAUUGAGUAUUCUCAUUACCUGUUGCUGGAUAAUGUAUAGAUAUCAUUGGAAGAAGUUACAUACUAAUCACUUGUAGGAGUAAAAGGGUUAAGAUAUGAAAAAUAAAAAAUAAAUACAGCUUAGUCAGUUUAGUUAAUAUCCAUAAUUCGUCAUAAUCGGGGCAAAGGGGCAAGUGCUUCUAAGGUUUGAUGUAAUGCUUACCCCUCAGUUUGACCUCAUCAUGUUUAGACACUACAUUGCUACUGUAUGCCAUAUCAAAGUUUGAUGAGAGGCUGAAAAAAAGAUUGUCAGUAACUUGAAAUGAGUGACUGUGGAUUGAUGUUAAAAUAAUUUGGUAUUGCUUCUUCUUUUUCCAUAGUAAAGUGUGCACCAGCAGUUUACCUGAGGGAGAAAAAGAUCUGCGGAAUCAUGAAAUUAGUUUUGUCAAGAAAUUCCAAAGUUUUCAAGACAGGAAUUUGCGUCUAAGUGAGGAGGAGAAUAGCAGAUUGAAAAAAGCAAAAACCGAUGGUAAACUUCAUGAAGAAAUGUUAAACAGGAGAGAAAAGAUGAAAGCAGAUAGAUAUUGUAAAUAAAUUGACAAAGAUCUGAAGUGUCAAUCAUUGUCAGAGACACAUUGAUCUAGUGUUACAGUUUGGGGAAUACCUUGUAACAUGAUGCAUGGCAUUACAAAGCCUUUUGUACUCAUCUUGUGCCCCAUUGUUGGGCUGCAUCAUAACUUUUGCAACAUGCAUGUAAUACUGAACUUGUAAAAUUAAAGCUUAUAGGAGAGUUGCACUUAAGUAGUUUCAUUGAAGCAGUCAAGCAGCUUAUCAGCAGCCAGAAAUGCUUGGAAUCACUCAUCUUUCAAACUUUUUUUUUCACUUUGCUAUUUGAGGUACAAAUCUACUUGUAUAACCAGGAUUUUUGCCAAUCCUGGCCUAGAGAACUGGCAGAAAUCACUGCUUUAUGAUCUAGUGGAAUUAAGUAAAUGAUAUUUUAUGUGUAAUAGCUGUUUUUAUUGAUAAGGCUAAGAAUUGAUGUAUUAGUGGUUAUGAGUUCCAAAAUAUUCUUCUCACCACUGUCCACCAUAAGUUUAAUUUUUGGAUGUUAUUUCCAACAACUUGGUAUUGCAAUAAGAAACUUUUUCUCAAGAUCUUGCAGAAAUGCACUUGCCACAUACAUGGAUGAUAUAUUUACAAGCAUAAGUCUGGUAAGGUUUUAUUGUCUUUGCUAUUUAGAGAUUCUGGCUUUUUUUCUAGCCCAGUGGGAUAGAUGGAAUACCUGUUUGAUUGGUGACCCUGUUCCAAAAUAGACUUCUGUUACAAAAUUUGCCUCUUCAUAGUAGGAAUUAGGUGUAGUUAGUUUUAGUAUUCCACUAAUCAGAUCCUCACAAAGAAAUAAAAUAGAAAAGAGGUCUAACAAAUAACAUCAAAUUUUUUAUUGGAAUUCCAGAAAAAUAAUUUGCUCCUAAAAUAGUUUUCAGCAUUACGCACAAUACAACAAUUAAUUUCUUACAAAAUGUUUGUCUUUGUAAAAUUACUUCUAAUCUGUUUCUGCAAAGUCUGAUAUUUACCUCAUAAUUUUUGAGAAGCAACCCAUCCCUCAUCUCUCUGUUCAUUGUUAAAAUCAAUUGUAAAAAAAAAGCUAUCAACUGCCUAAUUUUACAUUUAUUAUGGUUAAGUUAUUCUUACAAUUACACUUAAUUUAUGCCAUAGGCUAAUUGCUUGUUAGAGGUCACCCCCAAGAAGUGAGGAUUUGAAAUAAAUUUUAAAUGAUGGGAAAGUUUUUCUAUGUUCUUCUUGAUUUAUAAAUUACAGGAAACCAAAGGGAACUGUUCAUUCUUGGCCAGUCAGUUGCCACAGUCUUAGCAAGGCUCCUUUGGUACACAA